AUGACAUCUCCUCCGUCAACCCCUACAGCUCUGCAGAGAAGAUUUAUUCAACUCUCCACUCCCACAGAGUGGGUAGAGUCCUAUCGCCCGGGAGGAUAUCACCCGGUGCAUAUUGGGGAUCGGCUCCAGUCUGGCCGUUACAAGAUUCUGCGUAAACUCGGAUAUGGGUCGUUUUCAACAGUUUGGCUAGCGCUUGAUGAGCAAAUGUCUCGAUAUGUCGCUCUCAAAAUAUCCACGGCCGAUAUGUUGGCUAAAGAUAAAGAACUGUCCUUGCGGGAGCGCAUCGCACACCAGGACUCAAAGCAUAUCUUGACCCUAUUGGAGAGUUUUCUACAAACAGGUCCCAAUGGAACCCAUCUAUGCCUAGUGUUUGAACCAAUGGCUGCCAGUUUCAACUGGAUGCUUGAACCACACGAAGGCGAUCUUCCCAACGCGCACCUCGAAAGAGCUCCUCUAUCCUUGAGAAAGAAAGUUUUACGGCACACCCUUCUGGGCCUAUGCACCCUGCACGAUAGUGGUAUUGUUCACGGUGAUAUACAGUUUGGGAAUGUUUUAUUAGGCGUGAAGGACCUGGACAGUGUGCCGGAGGAUGAAUUGCGGCAGGACAUGCGAGAAGAAAUCGGCAUCUCCUGGCCCAUCCAACGCUUGGACAGAAAGGAGGAUAAGUGGGCGCCGCGAUAUCUCGCCGUACCGCAGCCCCUCGCAGCAAAGUAUAUUGACAUUGGGCCGAGUCUUACCGCCAAGCUAUCGGACUUGGGCGGUGCCCUCCUGCUACCCGAUGAUCAUCAUAAACCCGCAUCGACAUAUGGGCUUUUGGCUGGCUCAUCGCCCAAUGAGGCCGCAACUGAUGAUGACCAUAUUAUGGGAUUUAUUGAUCUCCUGGGUCCUCUUCCCGAGCACCUACUUCAAAUGUGGCCACGUAGGGAGAGAUAUUAUCAAGAGGACGGGACCCAGAUCCGCUGGAAUGUUGAUAGCGGCGACCCAGGUGAACCAGGUCCCCAAUGUAUCCUAGAGGACUUUAUACUUCAGAAUAGGAACCCAGAUAUUUCAGUUGAGGAGGCAGCUGUGAUCAGUGGCCUACUGCGUCAGAUCUUGCAGUACGAGCCGGAGAAGCGGCCAAGCGCGCAGGAGAUACUGAGCCAUGCAUGGCUCCAAGAAUAG